AUGAAGAGCAUGCUCUCAACUAUCGACUAUGUUGUCGAAUGCCGUGACUACCGAGCUCCCGUGACGUCGAUUAACCCCAUGUUUGAGGAAGCCUUGGGCAAGAUGCGACGACUGAUUGUCUACACCAAGAGAGAUCUGGGAAGCAUUCCCAAAUCAUCUGCCCAGAAAACAACAGAACGCAAGUUGCAAAGUUUUGAUCCAAAGAGCGCAGUGUUCUUCACCAGCUCAUCCGACCGCCAAGAUGUCAGCCAGAUCAUCAAACAUCUUCGAAACGAUGCCGAAGCUCCUGAUAAGUUAGUGGGUUGUCGAGUGUUGGUUGUUGGAAUGCCCAAUGUCGGCAAGUCAACACUGAUCAACAACCUGCGCAACUCGGGCACAGGCAAAGCCAAGGCUAUGAAAACCGGACAGCAGCCCGGUGUCACACGCAAGAUAGCCACACAGGUGAAAAUAAUUGACCGCGAGAAUGGAUCACACGUUUACGUCUUGGACACGCCGGGAGUGUUCAUGCCGUAUGUUGCGGACGCAGAGAACAUGCUCAAGCUAGCUCUCUGUGGCUGUGUCAAAGAUAAUGUCAUUUCAACCAUCACUCUCGCGGACUACUUGUUGUAUCAUAUAAACAAGCAAGAUCCAACAGUCUACAAACGUUGGUCUGAACCGACAAAUGACGUGGUUCCCUUGAUCGAAAGCUUUGCGCGCCAGACUGGCUUGCUCGCAAAAGGCGGAGUGCCAAUGAUGGACGGAGCCGCGCUUCUUUUCAUACAAAAGUGGAGGCAAGGAGAGCUAGGUCGAUUUUUGAUAGACGACCUAGAAGCAGAGCAACAAAAACGGGACGAUCCUACGCAAACACCCCGCAUGAGCAUGACGCAGGCCUUGAGAGUGGAGAGGACAACCCGAAAGAACAAACCGGAAGCACCUAGCGAUCUAUAG